AGUUUCCUAGUUGAAAAUUGGCGCUCGUGUAAAUAUCGUGGCGGUUCAAUUUUCAAAACUUGAUUAACCUAAAAUAUAAUUGUAACGAAUUAAUAUUGAUAUACAAUGUCAAGUUUAAAUACAAUUACAUUUGCACAUGUUAAAAAGUUAGGUCACAGUAUUGAUGAGAUACGAGGAAGGGCAUUAGAAAAUAUUAUUUCUAAAUUAGAUCUUGGUUUUGGAUGUGAUUCUGACGUUGUUAAAAAAGAAUUAAUAGUUAAACUCUUUCAUUGGUUUACAUUUGACAAUAUACCUCAUCCUAGAGAAGCUUUAGAUUUGUUACAUAGAUUGAUAAAGGGUGGAAAUAACAAUUAUUUAAAUGCAUUUGGCAGAUCAAGAUUUCAAAAUGAGUUACAUCAAUUAAAAAGAAAACUUGACACUUCAUGGCAUGAUAAAGUUGAUCAAAUAGAACAAGUCAUUUUAAAUCCAGAUAAAGAAGAAUCAUCCAAUGACAUUAAAAGAAAUAUUAAAACAUUAUUAGAUCCGUCAAGAAUAUCAUUUAAACAAUCAGAGUAUAUGAAAAGAAUUCAUAAUUAUGAUAAUUAUGGAAGUAAAGAUUUUAAUGCUGACAGAAUUAAUGCUUCCAAUGAUGCUAGUGCUUUUGUAUCUCCAUUGGACAAUACGUUGCCUGUGGAUCUUACUGUUCAACAUAGCGAUGGUACACUUGUUUCCAAAACAGUAGAGGGUGGAAUUAAAUGGUUAGUAAUGCCAUGGCAACCAUUAGUCACAUCGGAUAAAGGUGUAUUAGCAGCAGUAGAGGAAGCUUUAAAUAAUACUGCAGAUACUAAUCUGAUAUUACAUACGUGUCAGUUUAUAACAAAUGUUAUGUUACAAGAUUUUCCAGCUGAAGUUUUUCUUCAAAGGCCAGCAAUAGUAUCAGUGCUACAUGCUCUUCUUGAUACAAGUAUAAAUAUAAUUGAGCCUGAUAUUAAAUAUAUUAUACCAGCUGUAUUAAAAGCAUUACAUAAAUUAACAAGAUGUCUACGAUUUCGAAUUUAUUAUUAUUAUGAUCCAUGUGUGGCAAAUAAAAAACAAAAGUUACUUGCAGAGAAAUUGGAUAAUAAUAGUUAUCAUUUAUCUGAAGCUAGAGACAGUCCUGAUGGAGGAAUACCAGAAGCUAAUUAUCAAGCAUAUCAAUCAGCUGCUACAAGUGACAGAAGUCAAAGCAUCAUGGAUAAUGUUGAUGAAUCUGUAUUACGAUUGCAACAAAUGCUCGUUCCUUCCUAUUGUAUUGAAACAUUAAAACACGUUAUUUCGCAAUUAAAUAUUCCUAACGAUUCUACAUUUCCAUUAAAAAAUACUAAAUACAUAGUUGACCUGAUUCAUGAAUUAGCACAAUUACUACUUAUCACAGUCAUGCCAAAUAUAUGGAUAUGCAAUGAUAAUAUGGCAAGGAAGAUUAGCGACGAAUUAAAAAUUUUAUUAACAUUAUUAGGAGAUUCUCUGGAAUAUUUUGCAAAUUAUGGCAGUAUAGAUUAUCAUAGGAUUACAUAUCUUCAUCUUCUUUGCAUUACAGUAAAUUUAUUAAGUAAUAUUGUACCAUUUGAAGUAGCAAAUAUUAUUUUACCUAAAUCCAUAAAAAAUUCUAUGUCAAUUGCUUUAAUGGAUGCACCUAUAUAUUUGAUGUAUCCAAAAUUGCAUACUGCACUUCAAGUAUAUAUUCAGCAUUUAGAAGAUUCAAACGAACUUGCAAUAAUCAAAGUCUUUGAUGAAAGUAGAGUUAUUAUCAAAUCAAUGCAAGCAGCUAUUUGCUCAAUAAAAGAAUCUUCUAGAGGAUCACAUUCUGAUAUAUUAAAAAUAUUAUAUGCAUCUAAAUUAAGUUUGCCUUAUCACAAAAAUAUGUGUAUAGUUAAGAAAGCCAUUAAAUUUCUACAAAAUAUUAACAGAUAUUCCCUCAGCAAAGAAGAUCAUGUAAUAUGCAGAAAAUUAAUAUUAAAUUUAUUAGCAAAUGGAGAUACGGAUAUACAAGAAUUGGCAUAUAAAGAAUGUCAUUGUUUAGUCAAAAGUAUUUUAGGAAUAGAAUAUAAUAAAGAAAAACUUACAUGGGAAAAUUUAAUUUUCCUUUUGGAACCAAAUGUUUUGACUGAAAUAAUUUGCUAUGGUCUACCCAAUGAAAAUAAAAAAAUUAGAGAAAUGUCAGAAGAGAUGAUAAUUUAUAUAUUAAAAGGAAAAGUUCAAGCCGAUGAAACAGGCUGGUUAAAAAUAUUAGAAACAAUUAUACCAGUAUUACCUCUUCUUCAAUGUUAUGCAUAUUCUUCUACAGUUAUAGGCAGAUGUAUAACAAAAAUGCUUGAUCCUGAUAUUUUUAAUAGUAUACACUUACCAUAUCUUGAGGUUUUAAAAGGUAACUUAAGAUUAUUGUAUUCAGCUGAGUGUGACGUUAGAGAAGAAGCUUCUUGUAGAUUAAUUUGGUUGCUUGGCAAAGAAAAAGAUUCUAUUAAAAAAUUGCCAAGAUUAUCUUCCUUGCAUGGUUUACCUCUUAGUUCUCUUUGUAUAUUCGAACGUCCAUCCGUUUUUAAACGCUUAGAAGGAAAUUAUCAGAGGAGCAGUUUAUUGUCGGUGCUAGAAAUGUUAAGAGAUUCCGAAGUUGAUCCUAAAAUGCGUAAAUCUGCAUUAGUACAAAUUAAUGUAAUGCUUACAGACACGUCAUUACAUAAAUUAUUUCUUAAUGAAAAUGGAUUAUUUUUAAUUUUGCAGACGUUUAACAGUGCUUUGAUAGAAAAUGAUUAUAAAAAUUAUCCUGAUUCUGUUAUUCCAAUACUGGCAAUAUUAAAAUUAAUUGUUGCCAGUGAAUCAUCAGUGAGACAUGAAUUAUCUACUAAUAUUGAUAUUUUCAUAAAUAUUAUUCGCAGUAUAUUUUUGUUUCCAAAUAAUGAAUGUGUCAAGGCUGAUGGUUCAUAUAUUUUAUGCUUACUUUUAUAUAAUGAUUAUAUUAUCAGAAUGAAUGAAAAACAAACAGAAAGUAAUAUUCAAUUAACUGUAUCUUUGCCUCAUAUUAUUGUAAUUAAAAUGAAAUUACCAUUAAUUUGUAAAUCUCAUUGGAAAACCAGUGUACAUAGACGAUCAGAAAUAUCAGUUCUCCAUGGAAGCAAUCAAACAAUAUUGACAUUUGUAAGACAAUAUUGGGCAUGGGAAUGGAAUGGUGGAUGGAAGAUGUUAUGGAAAAAUUAUGAUGAUGUUAAUGAUUCUGAAUUACCAGAAAAAUUAAGGAUACAAGAACAUGAAUUCUUUAUUUUUCAAUACAGCUGUUCAUAUUUUUAUUGUCAAAAACAAUUGUAUAAUGUACAAAAUUCUACGACACACGAUGGUGUAUUAAAUGCUCUCGAUUAUCUGAUAAUGUACAUAAAAUUUUAUAAUAUGUUGCAAUAUGAAGAAAUUAAAGAUAUUAAUUCUUUACCGUGGGAACAAACGUUCGAAAGAUUUUUAUCGUCCCAUCCGUCGAGUAAAGAGGACUGUGAUUUAUUUGUUAAUAUUAUCAAUUUUUUACAAUUAUAUAUCAGUAUAGCAAAAGGUAAAAGUUCAUGGAUAAGUAAGAUGAUGAAAAAUAUGACAAAAUCAUGGGCAGAUUUAUUUCAAAAUUUGGAAGUGGAUAAUCAAGAUGUACAUCAAUCAAUUUUAAAAUUAGCACGUACUUGUGCAGCUAUUGAAAGAAAUGAAAAAUCAGACAUUAAUCAGAAACAUACGUGGAUACAUUUUAUCGAAUUAGUUGUUUCUACUUUAUGUUUUGGAAAUCAACAACAUUUUUACAACCUUGCAUAUCUGGAUUGGUUGUUGACAUGUUUGACAUAUUUAAUCAGCCAAUGCGAUUGGAGCAAUCAUAAAAAUUUAUUAGCAUCAUUAGGAAAUACACUUAUUGAAAUGAUUAUAUCUUUUCAUGGUGCUGGUACAGUUAGUUUUAUGGGUUUAUCUAUAACCAGGAAUUCUAUAAUAUGCCUUAAUCAUUUGUUGUAUCAAAUGCACGAAAAUUUUAAUAAAAAUACGUGGAUAUCAUUUUGGUACGAAGAUAGCAGAUCUUUAAGUUGGUUACCAAUGCUUUGGCAAAAUAGAGAUCCUUUGGUGCGUGCAUCAGCUUUGCAGUUAUUGUCAGGAUUAUUAAACGAAAUGCAUUCAGCGUCACAGCUAUCAAACGCAAUCGCCGUUGCACCGAAUGAAUUAUGUUACAUGUUAUUGCAAUACAUUAUAAUCGGAGAAGAAUCUUGUAUUGUUCGAGAACAAGCGUGUAUUGCAUUCAGUAACUUAAUUAAAAAUUGCAACUCUAUGUCUUUUCAACAUAUUGACUCAUUGAAAACAAAUAUUAUACUUAUAUACACGGAACAAGUGAACUUUUAUUAUGAAAUGAGUAUAUUAUAUUCUAACAUUUAUGUGUUACCAACAUUAGAUUCUGAUUUGUUAAACAAUGAACAACAAAAAGAUGAUAAAGUACCAUCCAUACAAGCUGCGACAUCAGGAUGUGUAUCAUUAGUACCACGGACUGUAUCAUACUUAUACAAUUGUCACGAUGAACUACUACCUUUUUCAGGAGUAGAUUCUGAAAGUAUGGAUAUGGAUCAUUAUUUAUUAUCCGUUGCAACUCCUUCUUUAGUAACAGCAACGUGUACUCUUUUAAAUAAUUUAAUACUUAUUGGACAACAGGAAGUAGUACGUCACGUUUAUGAACAAUCACUCGAUAAAUAUCUUAUUAGGUGCUUAAAAGAAAUUCCAAAGAAUAUCGAUACUAAAAAAGAUCUUAUACAUUAUUGUGAUAUGUUAGAAAUGUAUAUCAGCAUUUGCGUUGUCUUAUCAAAUUGUGUCAUACAUAGUAAUGAAUUUGCUGCAGUUGCAAGUUUUACACCUGACUGUAUUUAUUCUUUAUUUAAUCUUCUUCAUUUUGAUUUGUACAGUAUUCAUAUGUCACAUCUAAUUUCUCUGUAUAAUAAAUUAAAAGCAGAGAUUUAUAAUUUUUUAUCUAUAUUAUCGUUAACAGAUGAUCAACACUUUGAAUCUAUUCAAACAGCUUUAGAAUUAUAUGGUCCAGAUAAAGCAUUGACUUCUAUUUGCACUGCAAUUAAAGAUACUGAUACAGAAUUACGAAUGAAUGCUAUUGCAUGUCUUACUUUUCUUCUUACUCAAGAAAUUCAAAAAGAAACAUUAGGAAAAAAUAAUAUUUCGAUAAAGACGAUUUUAGAUAGUAUCAUAUACAUUCCAAUAAAUAAUCAAAGUAACAAUUUACAAGAAGUUAUAACUAAUAUUAAUAAACUUUCUAUAAGGAGUAUAAAUUUGCAUUCUAAAAAAGCAAAUCGAAAUGAUGAAAUUGAUGAUUAUACCGUUAAUUCGGAUAAUAUUAAAAUGAAAUCAGAUGAGCAACAGUAUACAAUAGGUGCUGAAUUAUGUAAAGUUUUAUUACCUCUUUUUAUUGCUCAUAAUUAUACAAGAUCAAAAAAAAGUCGUAAACAUAUAGAGAAUAGAGAUCUUAUUGUUAGUGCUCUAGCUAAUUUAUUAUGUGUUUCUAUGGAAGCCAAAAAAAUUGCAUUGAAAGAGAAUUUAUCUGAAACAGCAUUGAUGAUACUUAAAGAAUUGUAUGUUAAAUUAAAUCUACAACCAUUUGAACUUUAUAAAAAUCAAGUUGAUCGUGAGAAAAAGAUUAAUCCUCUAUUUAGUGAUAUAAACAAUAUUUUCAUAUUAUUAAUGAAUUUUAUGCAUGAAAAUUUACAAGUUAAAGAAACACUUACUAAAGAUGGCUUGGCUGAUGUAUUGCACAAAUUAUGGGCUUGGAUAGCUCUGAAUAAAAAUAUUUCAUCUUGUGCAUUAAAAUUAUUAGCAACAUUUACGACAAAGUGCUCAGCUGCAGCACAAUCUUUAACAUUAACUACGGUAUUACCAGGAACAGGAUUGAGGAAAACACCUAAUACAAUUGCUAUAAUACAUAUCAUUAUACAAUUAAUAUGUAAAGAGAUCGAUAAAGCAGGACACCUUUUUGAUAAUAACAAAUUGCAUUUUGCUUUUCAUGUUUUACGAAAUGCCGUACAUGUACAUGAAUGCAGAGUUUCAAUUUCAAAAAGCAAUUUGUUACAAUUUUUUACAAAGAUACAUCCUAUUACUACAAAGAGAGUAAAACCUUGGCCACUGGUAGAGCUCUAUUGUUUAGAAUUUCUAAUUGAUUUUACAUAUUAUGAAGAAGGACAAAUUUGCGUGCCUAAGGCCGUAGAUGGUUUAGAUUCUCUAAUACAUUUAGCAAAAUGUUCAUCUUCGCCAACAAAAAUACUUGCCAUUUCCAUUUUGCGUAAUUUAGCAUUUAAUAUGGCAAAUAGACCAAGAAUUCUUAGCUCAGUGGAUGUCAUCAAUCUUCUUCACGAUGUUUUUAAAAAUGGAUCUUUAUGCGAAAUCAGAAUAGCAGGAUCAAUGUUAUGGUCAUUAAUAUGUAAUAAUCAGAAAGGAAAAUUAAUUGCACGUACUGCAGGAUUUCCUCAGAGUAUUCAAGAGGCAUUAGGUAGAUUAACAUUAUUAACAACAAAUAACGUAGAGCAAGAACAAGAUGUAGUUAAAAUAUUGGAAUAUCUAAUACGUCUUAUAAGUCCUAUCGAGAAUAAGUCUGAUUAAUCUAUUAAAUAAUUAACUAUCUAAACUAAUUGUAUAUAAAAUCUAUAUAUAGUAUAUAUAUAUAU